GUGUUCAUUAAAAUUCCCGCCAUAUUUGAUGUUUACAAACAAGAAAACUGGUUGCAUUUUCUACGGUGGCAGAAAUGGAUAAGAAGAUUAUCACCUUUGCAGAAGAUAAUAAGAUAGAAGAGCUGGGGGAAUGUCUAAAAACAGUCAGUAAUGAUGAGUUGUGUAAAAUGAUAGAGAGGAAGGUGUUGAAGGGGAGAAAUGACACAUUCACUCUUGUCCGAGCAAUAUUGCUAGGUUCACCACCAGACUGUACAACUUCUGUAGAAAGAAGGUCUUGUGUGUACAAACAAUGCAUAGAAGCUCUUCAGAAAAACGAUAUGAACAAUAAAAUGGCGUCGGAGCUCGUCGGUCUUCUGAUGUUAGAGGCUGAUACAUUACCAGGACCAACUCUAGCAGAACUUGCCAGUAUAUAUGUUGAUGGUAUCAAGUCAGAUUCCUCACAGUCAGGAAAAGCCUUAGAAUUGCUGCCAAAGAUAUUGUCUGCAAUAGCUUCAAAGGAGAAUAUAGUGUAUGCAGGGAACCAUAUGAAAGGCUCAGAAUACAAAAGUCAUGUUCUUAACACCCUAUGUUCAUGCAGGUGGGACCCAGGUAGUGUUGUUAACCUAGCAUCUAUGUUUAGAGAUGUCCCACUCACCAAUGAAGAGCUGAAGUUUGUUAUAGAGAAAGUGUUGAGAAUGUUUCGAGAGCUAGACAUGGGUGAUAUCCCAGCACUUGUUUACCAACUACUCCUGUUAGCUACUAAGGGGCAUAAAAAGCUUGUUCUGGAGGGUUUAUAACUUUUUCAAGAGGAUAGGCACAGGGAAACCCGAGGGCAACAUUCCAGUGAGGACCUACUAGAUGAUGGUAUCAACAACACAGAAAGUUUGAGACAAACCGAGGGUACUGUCAUUCUACACAUCAGCUUUGCUGUCAAACAACAUCAAGAUCUCGGUAGAGAAUUUAUCAAAUGUCUGAAGGGUUAUCAGAAUUGCAGUGCUACAAAAACACUUUCACCAUUCUCAUUGGCCAUGGCACUAUCACUGGCUAGAAUAAAUAGAUUUGAGGACCAGAUUUUUGAUUUCCUGAAAGCAACAUUUUUGAAAAGUUACAAGGACUUUGACAAACAGUCUCAGUCAUGUUGGAUACAGGAGAUUGUCUCAGAUAUGGUCUCUGUAGAAGAUUAUGUAUUACAAACUGUCAAUAACAGUUCAUAUGGCUGGGAUCAUGUUGUCCAAGGUCUUGUCCAGCUAGGAUUUAUACUGAUGGAUUCAUUUGGACCUAAAGCAGCAUUUGGACGUAUGGACCUACUGCCCAGUAUACAGUCAGGACCUACACAUCAGACAUGCCAGCUUGGAGCAAAGAUAUUGUUGAAAACAUUCAAGGCCCAUGAGAUGGUGAGAAGUGAAAUAUUAGAACAAAUCUUCAAUAGAGUAAUAACUAAAGCUACAUCUCCCGUCUCUCAUUUCCUAGAAUUACUAGGAGAUAUUGUGUUUGCCUCGCCACAACUGUUGUUGGACUCUACAACCAAAGUUCGGGAAAUGUUCGACUACCUCUCCUUUCUGUGUCCCACCUCAGCCGAGGGUUUACUGAGAGCCAUACAGCCACUUCUUAAACUGAGUAUGAAUCUCAAAGAUUCUCUCAUCUUGGUUCUUAGAAAAGCCAUGUUCUCAAGACAGCUUGAUGCGAGAAAGAUUGGAGCUAGUGGAUUUAUGAUGAUACUGAAACAUUUUAGAGUUCUAGGAGGUAUAAGAUCUAGUCAGUGUAGUCAACCUUCAUUCUCAUGUAGUCAGGUAGAGGUAGAUAUACAUGUACGUCACAAUGCCUCCAGUAAUGAAGCUCUAUGUCUAGAGAUACUAGGUAACUUGAGGAGAUGUUUAUCUCAACAAGCUGAUGUUAGACUACUGCUUUAUCAGGGACUUGUUGAUGUAUUGGACAGGAACAGUCAGUUAUGUGACCCAAUUUUAUCAAUGUUGAUGUCACAGUUAAAAGGUUAUUAUGAGAAGAAUGAGGAAAUGAAUCCACCUCUGAAGUUAGAGCCAUGUAUACUUGCUCAGGGAGACCAAGUAUUUCUUGCUGAACCUCUUGCCCAUCUUCUAUGCUGUAUACAGCUAUGUUUGAUUAAAAGUGAUGAGUUUAGGAAGAAACAGCAGGCAAGCAAUGAUGAUGACGAUGAUGAUUCAGUCGUUCAAUCAGAGUUAGAAGAGAUCAUGAAAUCUCUCACCGAUAGGAUGAUUACAUCAGAAAUGGAGGACUUUGAACUGGACAAAUCGGCAGAUUACUCGCUCGCAAACAGUGUUGGAGUUAGGAACAACAUUUUUGCUAUAUUAGUGCUAGGAACUCAUGAGGCUCUCAUAGAGUAUACAUUUAUGAAAGACACUAUUAGUGAAUCUAAAGUGCGUCAGAUGACACAGCUGUUUGAGAAUCACAAGAAAUUAAGUGAUGUCAUACGAGAGAAGGCUGGGGCAGCUGCCGGUAAAAAGGGUAAAACUCAGGCCAAGCCUCCUAUCAGCCUAUUUUCCAUUAAGUUUGUUACGAGAGUGAUGGACUUUAUGAUCAGUGGAGAUGACCAAUUUGACAGUGAUCUAGUUGAUGCUCUGGUUCAAAAUACCGACUUCUUCAAGUACAUCCUGACAGUGACCCAGCAGAAACUGCUCCAAAUACAGGACAAAGGUCAAUGUGACGGGUCAGAAGGCAAACAGAAAUCUAAGAUAUUUGAUUACUGUUGUGAAUUAGCAGGACUGUUGUUAAAGUAUUAUAAGGAACAUCAGAAAGGAGAAGGCACUCAGAGGGUGACAGAGAAACAUAUACUGACCUUGACAUUAGAAUGUUUGUGCUGCAUAGUUACCAUUGUAACCCAGCAGUUCUCCAGUGAACUUGACAAGUUUCUGUCCAGUAUAGGUGAAAGGGAAGAGAAUGGGAACACAGAUGAACAUGUUUAUCAUUAUAUAAAGAAACUUCAGAGGCUAGUAAUGAAUAUAUUCAGUGCUGAAGAGGACCAUCAGAAUAUGAAAGAUGUUGGUUUAUUAUUGAAUAUCAUCUACCAUCUGAGUCAAUCUCUGUCUUCUAGAUUCUCAAGUUGUGAACAUAUAAUGUCAUGGCUUGAAAAACUUUGCCGGGAACAAAACAUUGAUGACCUGUCAUUAUGUAAGUCCAUGUUAACGUAUCUUCUCAACAUGGGACACAAGUGGAAGACAUCCCCUAUACUUCUGCGAGAUCUCGCCCAGGACAUACAUGCACAAAUAGGAGAUAUUGAUCAGGAGAUUGAGCUUGACGAUCGUACAAACUUUGCCAUUGUGACACUGCGAGCAGCAGCCCCUACUGUACUACAGUUAGUGCUUAACCAUUGUGAAAGGGAACUAGACAACACUGACUGGGUGGUGACCAGAGUUCGUGCUGAUGCUACUGCAGAUAUUUCUACCUGCACAGGUGGGGAAUCCCCUCAGUUAACACAGCGUGAAGGGCAUGAGAAAUCUAUCUAAAGGCUUGGUGUCAUAGUAACAACCUUCCAUGAACUCGUCAACGGCAUUUCCCAUAGGUUUUUGGCAUUGUAUGCAAGCCGGUCAGGACAUCUUAGUGCUAGAUUUGAGAAGCUUGUAAAACUGUCCGGGACUCAUCUGACACACUAUUGUUAUGGUCUGAUAACUUAUAUACAGGUAAAUAGACUGCUUUUAUUUACUCAGUAAACAGAAGACGAAAGA